AUCAUGAACAUCCGCAACGCGCGGCCCGACGACCUGAUGAACAUGCAGCACUGCAACCUCCUGUGCCUGCCCGAGAACUACCAGAUGAAGUACUACUUCUACCACGGCCUGUCGUGGCCGCAGCUGUCCUACAUCGCCGAGGACGAGGGCGGCCGCAUCGUGGGCUACGUGCUGGCCAAGAUGGAGGAGGACCCCGAGGACGCGCCGCACGGGCACAUCACCUCGCUGGCCGUCAAGCGCUCGCACCGCCGCCUCGGCCUGGCCCAGAAGCUCAUGGACCAGGCCUCGCGGGCCAUGAUCGAGAACUUCGGCGCCAAGUACGUGUCGCUGCACGUGCGCAAGAGCAACCGGGCGGCGCUGCACCUGUACGCCAACACGCUCAACUUCCAGGUCAGCGAGGUGGAGCCCAAGUACUACGCGGACGGCGAGGACGCCUUCGCCAUGCGCCGGGACCUGUCGCCCAUGGCCGACCAGCUGCGGCGGCGGCGGCCCGAGCCCCGGGAGCCCAAGGAGCAGGGCGGCUGCGCGGGCCCGGGCUGCAGGGAGGCCCCCGCCGCGCCCCGCGAGGCGAAGAGCGGCCCCCGGCAUCGCAGCGGCUGGGGCGACGGCCAGGAAACGCGCGGGGCCCCCGGGAGCACCGGCGGCUGGGAUGGCACCUCCUAG